AUGCAUGAAACAUCUAAAGAUCAUAUUCAUAACUUUAUGGGAUUAAUUCGUUUGGAAAAGAACAAAAGUACUAUUAUUGCUGAUGCGUUAAAUGAAGGUGCUCGUUUGAACAAAACUAUUUACAAUGAAAAUGUAAGAAAAAAUAGAUUAAUUUUAUUGCAUUUAAUAGAAGUAACACUACUCUUGGGGAAACAAGAGUUGGCAUUUAGAGGCCAUGAUGAGAGAUCUGCUUCCUCAAACCAGGGUAAUUUCUGUGAAGUGUUUAAUUUACUUAUUAAACGGAAUGAUGAAUUACUAUUACAUUACAAUAAAAUUAGUAAUGUUUUCACUGGACAAUUUAAAUAA